AAAGUGACCCCAAGUGUUCACUUAAAACUAACUUCACGUACACCCACCAAUCGCCUCUCUGGCAAAUCCGUUCGAAGCAGACGGCUGCCUUAAAUCCGCCUCGCUUGGGUGCUUUGGUGCUUUUACAUUGCCGCAACUGUUUCCGCUUCCGUUACUUGCACUAGCCAAGCACACGCACUUCGGUUCUUUAUCGACGCACACGCAUACACACUUGCUUAGUCAUAUUAACCCAAUAUGAAGUGUGUGUAAGCAUUGUGCUGUCAUUUGCACGCUCUUUUCUUGCUUGUAUAGCUAACGGUUAAUAUACAGUAAACACGCAAAAUGUGUCAAAUCAAUCAAUUAAAAUGUGUAAACCCAUUCAAUGUCAUUUAUGUGAAACCAUUACUAUUUAUGUGCAUUGGCAAUAAUAAUGGUAAGCACAACUACAACAACAACAAUUGCUGCUGGACAACCAACGAGUAGCUCAAAUCAUCAUCCGCAUCAUCAACAACAACAACAACAACAACAGCAACAUCAGCAAUCAGCUGCGGCGACACUCGUCCCAACGACCGCAAACACAACUGCAACCGCAAACAAUUCCAAUUACCAGAGAUCAGCAGCUCAGCAACAACAACAACAACAGCAAUCAUAUUACCAUCCAUCAUCGUCAACAGCGACAAAAACAACAACGCCAACCACACCAACAUCACAUAACAGCUAUUACAACUCAUUAACGUUAAAUGGUGUUGGCAACAACAACAAAAUCAGGCUUACAGCAAAAUCCGCCGCCGCUACUACAAUAAGUACGGGGCAAGAGGUCGGACAAGUUGUUUUUGUAGACCACAAUAAUUCCACACGCUACACGUCGCGACCUUCCUCGCUGUAUAACGGUGCUGGCGACACACAGCACAGCAGUUUCAACAACAACAACAACAACAGCAACAGUGCUACGCCCACAACAACAACAACAACAGCAAGUAAAAAGUUGAAGACGCGCGCAAUAGAAAAGGAGAAAGAGAAAGAGGAGGAGGAAACCACAAACAUAGAGCAAACUCUACAACAGUCAGAAAGUCAUGAUACAACAACAACAACAACAACAGCAACAUCUCUCACAACAUCGCCAAUAACAACAACCGCAGCAAAAGCAGUAAACCUAUCGCAAGCGCUGCUCUCGAGCUCACCGCCUUUGCUGAACGAUCAAAUAUCUUUGCUCUUUCCCAAGUGUCGACCACGACAAUUGUCGCCCAAUAGUAAUCAGACGGCAACUGACUGCCACGCUAGCGACAACAUACCCAGUAAAAGUCAAUUCGGUUGCGAACGUGAGACUUUGAACGAAUCCGAAACGCAUAGUGCGAAGCAUAAAAGACGCGCGAGUUCCACAUACGAAACACGCGACACAGUUUACAGCGGCGAGUCGGCCGAGGAGAGUGCUAGAGCACCCACACAAGCGACAGCACAGAUCGCGCCUACCAACUAUUACCGCAGUGUCAAUAUUAUCACACAGUCACCGCCACCGCCCUCAACGUCUUCGGUCUCAUCCGAAUCGCUGUCGUCGGUGACGCCACGUAUCUCCACCAAUCCAUUUCUCAGUCAUACCGACAGCGUGGAGGACGUCAAAUCACACGGUCGCGUAGCACAGCGUACGCUACAUAGAGGUAGUGAGGACGAGAAGAGCACCUUGAGCGGUGGACACGGUCGUACACGCAACGAAAAACGUAGCGAAGCGCACCAGCACUACAACGACCCCAUCCUUGCGGAAGAUAUCAUUGAAGACGAACACGUCCGCGCCGACGCCGAGAUUAUUGAAGGCGAAGAGCUGCCUGUGCCUUCGUAUCCACCUACAUUCUAUUAUCAUACCGAAACGAAACAUACGUCGGCCCAACAUACACAUCAGCGUCAACAUCAUCAACAAACCGGUGAUAGCAGCAGCAAUAGCUACGAAAUGCCGCGCAAACGCGCCAGUUAUGGUGCUGCACACCACCAUAGCCAACAGCCAUAUGAGCAAUUCGGCAACGUAGCGGCGCAACAGCAGCAGACGGCGCAAUUGCAUCAACACAAGCAAGCCAUGCACAGCUGUUCCAAUGCCAUCACUGGCAACCAUAACCAAAACCAGAAUCCAUUCAUAAAAGAGGGCAACUACUGGGACUCAGUGCGUCAGACCGCCACAGGGGACAUAUUAGCAGACGAACAAGGUGCGGUUGACGGGGAAACCCAUAGCCGUCUACCCUCUAACUACAAAAACAUGACCGAAGCUGAGACAGACAAUAUACCAAACUCCGUCGGCAGUCAAUCGUCAGCGUUUGGUGCCACAGCGCCAGCGCCAAUAACUUCUUCUAGGCGCUCGUAUCACCACCAGCAACAGCAGCCUUAUACCAACAACAGCUAUAAUAUUCCAGCGCGGCAACAACAGUCGCAAAACAGCAGUCGCUUGGGCCGUAAUGCAAUCGAAUCUGGCGAUCAAUUUGCCGAGACAUCGUCGACGAAACGCGCCUACCACACCAAACAACAACAAAUUCAAAAGCAACAACAAAAUAGCAUGCAAGCUGUACAAAAUUCGUGCGCCGAGGGUCUCACCCCACUGGCCAGUCAAUACUUGUACGGCAGUAAAACUUCACUGGACCAAAAGCCACCACAACAGCAGCACAUUAUAAGCGUUAGUGAUAACAGUAUACUGGUUGAACGUCAGAUGAGAGAACGUGAUAGAGAGCAAAGAGAGAAACGGAAAGCUGCCGCAGCGUAUGGUGAGUGGGAAAGAGAGAGAGAGCGUGAACGUGAACGCGAACGCGAGCUCGAGCGUAAUUGGGAGCGGGAGCAGGAACGCGAAUGGGAAAUGGAACGCGAGCGUGAAAAGGAGCUGGACAGGGAGCGCGAGAAGGGAAGAGAAAGAGAAAAGGAACGUGAGUAUAAUUAUGAGAGAGAAGACGGGCAUUGCAGAGAACCGUACACUGGCGUAUCGCAACAACAUUAUCAAGCGGUGAAACGACGCAAUUCUGUUAAAAAUACCAAUGUCGUUAACACCAAUGUGCAUCGUGUGGCGAAUAAUGGUGAAGUGGUCGUAUUCGAUGGUAUUACAGAGAGUUGGCAGAACUUGAGAGUAACAACCGACAUAAGUGCCCCCACAAUGCCACCUGCAUCAAAUCGGCAGCAACUGCAACAACAGCAACAACAUCAGCAGCAGCAGCAGCAAGAGCAAAUUCAUAGACAAACCACAUCUUUGACACUGGCGGAUGACAAAGACGAAUACGCAGAAGAGGAAGAGAUAAACAAUCAACAACAGGAACAGCAACUACAACAACACGGUUCAGUUGAAGUAACCGGAAGUCACAACACGAGCAACAAUAAUAGCACGUCAAUAAUGUACAAGGAUCAUCCAAAGAGAUACUUGGAUCGAAGUAGCUACACAAUGCGAGCUGUCGAGACGCGACACGGCAUCAUAGAAUAUGAAGGCUCACCUCGUCGCAUCGGCGUACAGGCAGCUACAGCUGGCAUUAUGCCGGCCGAGGUGGAGAAUGACGAGGGUGCGCGUAGUGCCGAGGACACGGGCGAUGAUGCUGAUGAUGUGGAGCUGGCAAAGCAACAACAAAUGACGAUGCCUGACAGCAGCGCCAACACAAACACUAACAACGGCGCUGGCGCUGGUGGCAGCAGUCAACACACAACAACAGCAACAACAACAACUACGCACAAUUCACCACAACAUCAAUAUCCGGCGCGUCCCGGUUUCCCACAGCGUAUAAUAUCGCCGCCACGGGAAAGUACACCGCCCAUUAUGCAGCUCAGUCAUAAUAGUUCCAAGCAACUGCAGCAACAACAACAAGAUUAUGUGGCAACACAACCACCGACGCUGCCACAGCGUCAAUCAUCGCCGCCUACAGCUUGCACUUUGGACAAUAAUGCCGAGGAUACGAGCAACGAUGUCUCUGAGAUUGGCACAAUAUCCGAUUUAACCACACCGGAGGCAAUCUCCGCAACGGGUAUACCGACAACGCCCACUUACACCUUUGAGUCGCCGGCGGUUAAUGUGUCUGCGUCUAAUAACACAACAAUGCCGCCAGGUGGCGCGGGUGGUAUUGCCGCGGCUGGCAGUAAACCAGUGACGACAACCGUGGCGACGUUUAGCAACAGUGGCUUCAGCAUACCAACAAAGUCUUCGACGUUCGACUACCUCUAUGAGUUCUCCGAGACUCGUAAAGUGCUUGAAGAGUUCUUCAAGUGUCCAUCAGUGGACGAUCGGCCGAUUGAGAAUGGCAGCGAUGUGGAUAGUAUCGACAUUCAAUAUGAAUUCCAUUCAAAUCUGGAUCACGGCGAUAACGACGACUUGGACUCGCCGGCGAAUGUGAAUAUCGACGCGGAUGAGGACGAAGACGAUGACGAAGAGGAAGAUGAGGAAGACGACGAUGAUGAUGAUGAUGGACUGAUGGGUGUGGAUAUGGAUGGUUUACAUACGCAGCAACAUCAUCAUCAAUUACAACAACAGCACAACAACCAAAUGCGGCAACUGCGAACGACAUUGCAACAACGCAACGGUCAACAGCGGGAGACACAAGUACAGUUGCAAGCAUCGCCAACACCAACACCAACAAUGCAAUAUCGGCAACAGCAACAACAACAACAACAGCAGCAGCAGCUGCAGCAAAAGCAACAAGCUCCACAAUAUAACCAACAGCAGCAGCGAAAAAUACAGCAACAGCAGCAACAACAACAACAACAACGUAAUCAGUCGCAGCAUAGCAACAGCAAUAACAGUAAUAGCAAUAAUAGCAACAACUACAACAAUGCAGCGAAUGCACAUCGUCGUCGAUUUACCGCUAGUCCACUGAUGCGUGACUUUGACUUCUUCCUGGAUUCGGCGAGUCGCAGCAGCGGCGAGCAGUUGGAUCAACAGGACGGUGUUAAUCACAAUCAGCUGGAUGAACAGGGUACUUACCGUUAUUCGCCCGAGACCACGGACUACGAUUCGAAUUGCGGAGAUUUGGACAGUCUCUCCGGCGAAAUAAAUGGCGUUUCGACAUCCUGUUCCAAUUAUACAAAGUACUACGCCUCCAGUAUGCCCGUACUCGAGGACGGUCUUUCGUCAGGACACACCUCCGAUACGGAGAACCAAAAUAAUUUGAAUAACAAUUUACAACAGCCCAACGCCACGAUACACCACAACCCCAUCGGCAGUGGAGGCAUAUCAAUGUUGAUGGAUAUGAAACGUCUGUCCACCAACAACAGCAUAAAUAGUAUGAAUAAUCUCACCAUCUCGACAACCGAUGGUGGUGGCGGUGGUGGUGGUGUUGGCGGUGAGCCGCGGAAUAACUCAAUCUCUUCAAAUAUUAUGCACGAUACCUCGUAUUUGCACAGAGGCGAAAGUCCUACAGCGACGCUGGGUAUGCACGACGAUUCUGGACGGGACUCGGUGCGCUCCAGCACGAAACGUGAAGGUCGUGAACGUGAACGAGAGCUGCUCGGCCAGAGUCCCACAAGUAACAGUAAUAAUAAAGUAUUCAAAAAUAUUGAUCCGGAGCUGGAUUCGCUUUAUUCUAUAAGUAUUUUCCAUCGUCCCGACAUGGUGCAAAUGACACCACCGCCGCCUGCACCAGCACCACAUCGCAAACCGAAUAUACUCAGUCCAGAGCCGGAGAUCCUACAGCCCACACCUUACAAGGAUAACAAUUUACACAACGCGCACUCACUCGGCGCCACUUCGCCCACAAAUGCACUUGGCUCCGCCGUAGGUUCCAAUGCCGGCAGCGGUGUCACCUCGGUUGCCUCUGCUAUCAGCUCUACACUUAACCGCAACAAAUUACACAACACCCAGCAUCAAUCUAGCGGCAACGGCACAGGCAACACAACAUCCGUGCUUAGCAAUGCACUACGCGCCACAAAUCAAACACAACUGCUGCCAACAACCCAAACACACGCCCAGCCGCAAUCAACCACAGCAGCAGCAGCAGCAGCAGCAGCAGGAACAGCAUCAGCACCAGCACCACCACCAAUACCCGAACGCAGUCAUAUGCCGCGUACGCCUUCGCCUGUGAUGAACUCGCCCGUUUGGCUGCCACGCCAUUUGGAUACGAGCGCCAGUAAAAGUCUGCUCGCCUCCUCGCCGGGACAUCAUUCGAAGAAUAUGAGCGCCGACGAGGACGAUGUGGAUACAGAUCUCGAAACGGAUCGUUUGCUUGGUCAUCAGCGACUCGACGAUCAAGGUUACUAUGACGAGAACAAAUCAUGGGAGUCGUGUAAACCACGCUCCUCGCUACUCUCGAAAAUCUCACCCAAACAAAUGGCGAGCACAAAAACACGUAACGGCUACAAUGCGCUACUCUCGACUACGCCCGAAAUCCCACCGCCAAUACCACCGAAGAAUAGUACUAGCAAACUGCUCGACAUAGACGGUUCGUUGUCCUCGUCAGAGCAUAGCGACAAAUCGCCCAUCAAAUCAAUCGAUGUACAGGAUUGCGUAGUGGGCAUGGGCAGUCCGGGUGGUUCGGAUGGCUCGGCUUGCAUUAGUGGUAAUUCAAAGAAGGAACUAGACUUGUCGACGAUCAAUUCGAAUGGUUUGCCCAACAGUGGUGGCAGCAAUAGUGGCAGCGGUAGCGGUAGUGGUGGUGGUGGUGGUGUUGUGAGUGGCCUCAUGAACACCGGCAAUGCGAAUGGCACUGCCGGUGUUUCCACCGGCGUCGGCUGCAGCAGCAGUGGCAAUGGCAGCGGUAUUGGUGUCGGUGGCAAUACCGGUGGUGUUGUGGGAAGUGGUGGUGUCAAUGGUGGUAGCGGCGGUGGCGGUGGCGGUGGCCACAGCAGCUCGGCUGGUUCGAAUAGUACUAGCGGCGAGAAAAAAGUUAAAAAGAGUAAGAACAAAGAAGGUGGCGCAGUGCUUAUCGAGGGCGUACUCUUUCGCGCCAAAUAUCUCGGUUCCACACAGCUGGUUUGUGAGGGUCAACCAACGAAAUCGACGCGUAUGAUGCAAGCCGAGGAAGCGGUCUCACGCAUUAAGGCACUGGCCCCCGACGGCGAUGUACAACCCAGCACCGAGGUAGAUCUCUUCAUAUCAACCGAAAAGAUAAUGGUACUCAAUACCGACCUCAAGGAGAUUAUGAUGGAUCAUGCACUGCGCACAAUUUCCUACAUAGCAGAUAUUGGCGAUCUGGUUGUCUUGAUGGCACGACGCCGUUUCGUGCCACAAGAUAUUGAUGAUGCGCCCAAACCGAAUCGUACACCAAAAAUGAUAUGUCAUGUAUUCGAGAGUGAUGAAGCGCAAUUUAUUGCACAAUCCAUUGGACAGGCAUUUCAAGUGGCCUACAUGGAGUUCCUUAAAGCGAACGGAAUUGAGGAUCAUAGUUUUGUUAAGGAAAUGGACUAUCAAGAGGUACUUAAUAGUCAAGAGAUUUUCGGUGAUGAGUUAGAGAUUUUUGCCAAGAAGGAAUUGCAAAAGGAAGUUGUCGUACCAAAAGCUAAGGGUGAAAUAUUGGGCGUUGUAAUUGUCGAGAGCGGUUGGGGUUCAAUGCUACCAACCGUAGUCAUAGCGAAUCUCAUGUCAUCUGGCGCCGCAGCGCGUUGUGGCCAAUUAAAUAUUGGUGAUCAAUUGAUUGCCAUUAAUGGUUUGAGUUUAGUUGGUUUGCCACUUUCCACAUGUCAAACGUAUAUAAAAAAUACGAAAAAUCAGACUGUGGUGAAAUUCACAGUAGUGCCAUGUGCUCCUGUGGUCGAGGUGAAAAUCAAGCGACCCAACACGAAAUAUCAACUAGGUUUCAGCGUGCAAAAUGGUGUGAUUUGCAGCUUACUGCGUGGCGGCAUCGCUGAACGUGGCGGUGUACGCGUAGGACAUCGCAUAAUUGAAAUAAAUAAUCAAAGUGUGGUCGCGGUACCGCAUGAGAAGAUCGUCAAUUUACUGGCGACGUCGGUAGGGGAGAUUUUAAUGAAAACAAUGCCGACAUCUAUGUUCCGAUUACUUACCGGCCAGGAGAAUCCAAUUUAUAUUUAAACCAAGCAUUUUUUUUAAUAUUAAUGAAUGCAUAAUUCAAAUGAAAGAUUAAAAAUUGACUAAAGAGCAAAUGAAUAAACUAAGCUUUUCAAACCAAAGCAAAAUUUACACUUACAUAUAUACAUACAUAAAUAUUUGUAAAGUCAGUUCUAGCGAUUUAAAUGAAACUUCACACCUGUAAUUCCAAAAAGAAAAAAUGCAUAUUAAAAAAGAUAAAAUUAGAAAAAAAAUGAGAAUAGUAAU